CAACAUAACAAACAACAACAAGGAUUUCAGCUUUCAGCUCUUGUAUUUCACCCAUCAGCCAUGUUUCAGCUCUGCAGCAGAAGAGAAAGAGAAGUCCGCACUACAAAUUGUUUUCACGUCUGAUGCCGCUUCUAGUGAAACGAUUGUUGCUGGUUCAUCUUUAGUCUAUUUGUAGUAGGGUGAAAAAAACUAUUAACUAUGGGUUCGGUGUGGAAAAGACUCCAACGGGUCAACAAAAGAGCCGCAAAGUUUCAGUUUACCAUUUCAUACCAUCAGGUUAUGCUUGAAACCACUCCUCGAUGGCAACCAAAUCGCCUGAGUGUUGUGUUAAGUCGGCGAAGUCGACGUGUCAUAUCAGAACCUUUACCAUGGGAGCCAACAUUAAAGGAUCCUCUUGUUGGCAAUGUCACGUGGCCCAUACCUGACAACAAGGAAAUAACAAUCACCUUAUUUAAAAAUCAACGUACUAAUGAAUUUGAAGAUAAAGAUUGGGCAUUUAUACUAGAGGAUGUAUCAGGUAAUGGUAAAAGGCGGCAAAUAGCUUGUGCUAAUGUUAAUAUGAGGAACUAUGCAAGUGUUGCAUCAUCGCAACAGCAACUCACUCUUAACUUUCGCCCAACUACCAAGAAAAUUGUUAGUGCAUCCCUAGAGUGCACUUUAUCAUGUGUUCUUCUGCGGGAAGGAAAAGCCACUGAUGAAGAUAUGCAGAGUAUGGCAAGUUUGAUGAGUGACGUUGCUGCUGUUGGAGAUUUUGAUGAUGAGGAUGACAGCAUAAACAAUGAUUCUAUGCAUCAGUCCCUCCAUGAAGUGCUGGAUUUAACAGCUCAAAUGGACAAACUCACCCAGAGCUUGAGUGGUUCAGGAUUUGCUGGUACACCCAUUAGUGUGUCCAGUCUCACAUCGUUUCCAAAGGACGAUUUGACUCCAGUUGCCAGUGAAAUGUUCGCCGAUAAUGGUUUCCCUUCAGCUUUUGAAAUGGUCAAUAGCAAUGAUGCAGGGAAGAAUGAAUCACUCAAGACACCAACAGGAGCUGAAGAAAAAGCUCAGGAACCCAAGAACAUACAACUAACUCUUGAGCCACUCCCACAAGAGGAGGGAGAUGGAUCUGCUUUAGCUUCCUCAACCAAAAAGAGGGGAAAGGAGACAACCCCUGGCCAAAAUCUCUUGGAGUGGUGCAAAGAAGUUACAGCACAUUAUCCUGGGGUUAGAGUUACAAAUCUGACCACAUCUUGGCGUAAUGGUCUUGCUUUCUGUGCAAUAAUUAAUCAUUUUAGACCCGAUUUAGUGGAAAUGGAUAACCUAUCUCCUCAAAAUGUUCGUCACAAUUGUAAAAUCGCAUUUGAUGCCGGAGAAGUUCUUGGGAUUCCUAGGGUUAUUGACCCAGCUGAUAUGGAUGUUCUCACUGUACCUGAUAAGCUUGCAGUUAUGACUUAUCUAUAUCAAUUAAGAGCACAUUUCACAGGCCAUGAACUGGAAGUUCAGCAAAUUGGAAAAACGACUGAUGAGUCAAGCUAUAUGAUAGGGCGGUUUAACUCUGACACAAACACUGAUAUGACAGUUCAGCUGUUUAGUCAAGAAAUUAUGAACUUGCGAAAGAGGGAUUUUGGACCUCCGAAGCCAUCUGGAAGAUCAGUGCACUCAGAUUCUGGUGAAGCUGCAGACUCUAAUGUCGUUGGGGAUUUCAACAGAGAUCAAAAUCCAUCAACGUCUCAUCCUUCAUCUCCUUCUUCAGUUCAGUCCCGUAUUCCUAAAAGCCCUGUCACAGGAAACUCUUCAUCUCAAUAUCCCCCUUCUUCACCACUGAAAGAAUCACGCCAAAAUUCUUUGCUCCGUUUACGACUCCCUCUCGUGAACUCAAAUACAAGUGAUAACGCCUCAGAUCCCUCCUCCCCUAGUGCUGUUCGAGAUGUAAAGGACAAAAUUCUUGCGGGUUCAAAGAGCAUUCUAGGGAAAGUUCUUUCACCAUCAAAGGAAAAGCAUUCUUCUAGAGAAAAGAGCAAAUCGCCAACUACAUCAAUUGAGCGCCCUGUUCUUAUGACUCGCCGUCAGUUGACAGACCCUUUUGGAUCAGAUGAUGAGGAAGAUUCAAAAUCGGGUGUGAAGAGAGAAACUGUGAAAACUGAAGUUCCUCGUGAAUACUCCCCUAGCCAUAGUGAUUCAUUAGGUACCCGAGCUCAACUCGGCAGAGAAACCUCAGAAAGCCGAUCUAGUGUUUCCCCUUCAAGCGACAAAUCAGAGAACUUGAACUCAUCUCAAAACCCUUUAUUGACAAGACAUGAAGAAUUGCGUGAGAGAGCUAGGCAGUUGCUUCAGCAAGCUCGUCGAGAAGCUUCGUCUCAGUUUGCCAAUAGCCCAGCAGCAACUCCAUCUGGGGAUGCUGCCACGGAAUCCACGCAGAGUGACCAAGAUCGUCAACAAAUCUUAAGGGAAAGGGCUCGUCGACUGAUAGCAGACGCUCGCCGUGGUGUUACCACUUCAGUCGAUUUAUCACCUUCGGCAGAGAGAACGUCACCUGGAGGUGGAAUGGAAGUCCAAACUCCGGGGUCAAGUGGUUCUCCGCAGCGUCAGCUGAGUAUUCAAAGCAACCAUAGUUCUCCUAGCAAGCCAAUGAGUUCUGGCCAGCCUUCUUUGGAUGGCAGCUCGGUAAAAAUGGCUCCUUCUCUUCACUCAUUCUCAUCGCUUAUCGACAAAAUAUCACCAGAACGUUCACCAGAGCACAAAGUGGUUAGCAAAGAAGUAGGCAGCUACAUUCAAAAUGAAUUGGAAGCUUUAGAAAGGGAGCAGAAACAAAUUGAUAGGCAAGCAGCUUAUCUAGAAAAAGAACUUCGCUUGGUCAUGGAAUCAGGUUCUGACAGGGACCAAGAAGAACAUUUAAUGUCAGAAUGGUUUACCCUGGUAAACAAGAAGAAUGCUCUCAUUCGUCGUCAAAUGCAGCUGAAUAUCUUGGAAAAAGAAGAUGAUUUGGAAAGGAGAUGUGAACUUUUGAACCGAGAAUUACGCAGUAUAUUGUCCAUGGAAGAUUGGCAAAAAACUGAAGAACAGAAAAUAAGGGAAACCCUUCUCCUUGAUGAACUGGUUUCAAUUGUCAAUAAACGAGAUGAGCUUGUUCAUCAUCUGGAUUCUCAGGAACGAGCGAUUGAAGAUGAUGAUGAAAUUGAACGUGAUUUAAGUCGAGGUUUUGGACAGAAAAAACCAAACUGCAGUAUACAGUGAGCGUCUCAUGAUAUAUUUUUUUAGCUGUGAUGGAAUUGUCAAUUUUAUAUGAACAAAGAGUUUUAGACUGCCAAAGAAGAGCUUAUCUGUACUAUGUAGAUAAUGUGUUCUCACUUGAUCAAGUCAUGUCUUUAUUUGUAAGUCUGUAAGUUUGCCUCAUGGUGCAUUUUGUAAGUCAGGCAUUAGUUCAGGACUGUGAUUUUUCUGACAUCACCUGGACAUUUUCCUAAGAGAUACACUUUUCUGAAUCUCUAUUAAUAGUGAUACUUUCACUUCACAAUGGUUCUUAUUUGUCUAACCGUUUUAGUAUGUGGACAAUUAAAUUGAAUGAUUUGUGUUUUUAUUGUUAAAAAUCUGAUUUCUAAAAUUCAUGCUCAAAAUGCUGGCUCAUUUCAACAAUGAUGGAGAACAAAGAUAUUCUAUAUUUUUAAUGUGUGCAAAUAGCAAUUAUAGAAACGAAGCUUUGUUAUUAAAGAUCACCAUGGUAAUUUAAACUGUAUGUUUUAAAACUGCUUUGUGACUUACCAUAGUGAAGGGGAAACUCUUAGACAGUUGUUAGCACAUAAAUCUAUAUCUUGUGAUAAUUUGUUAUUGCUACCAGUCUGACUCUCAGGUUAUAAUAAAUAUUCUAGUCUUAUGAUUCAAACAUUUUUAACUAAGUAGUACUUUUCUCACGUUAGAAGGUGUGUUCGAGUUCCUCCUUGUUUUACAGGACUUUUUUAGUUACACAUUUGGUGUAUGCCACGAGAGGCUAUUUGGUACAUUGCCAUUGUAAGAAGUCAAACAGCAUCAAAUUAGUAUACUCAGUUUGUGUUUGAUUUUAUUUUACCUUAGAAUAGUUAUUUUCUUGUAUAUUUCUUUUUUCCCUGUGAGAGUAAAGAUCUUUUUUUUUAACUUCUGCAAGAAUAUGGAAGUUUCAAGUGUUACUAUGCGCAUCAAUUUACAUGCUUAUAUAACUUCAGAUUAGUGUGCAAAUGUCAAAGUGCCAUUGUUUUUCAAUAUCAACCUUCAAUUCUUGUAAGGUUUAUGAAAUGUGUUCCUUUGCUAUUGGAUUUAAAAUCGGCAUACAUAUGCUCUUAAUGUUUAAGUAUCCUGUUACCCAAGUUACCAUUUAAUUAAUUUCUUGUGGUUUUUCACCUUGUUUUCCUUACCCAUUUAAAAAAAAAAAAAAAAAAAAAAAACUUUUCAUUCAACAUUAAAACUUAGUGAAAAGGGAGUGAGUAAUUAAUCAUAUAUAGCUAAGCCAUGACCAGAAUUAACCAGUGUGCUAAGUGUUUGCUAGUCGCACAGAUGUCUGUUUUAGUUUUUACUUUAACUUGUACUGCCUCAAAUUUAGUUUCUCAUUAUUUCAUUUCUUAUGUCCUUUGGCUUUUCAAGAGGACUGUGUAUUAUCAAUGAUUAAAUCAUCUUGUCCCUCAGCUCUUAAUCACUCCCCAUACACCAAUUAUCGAUUUCAAGCAAAAUCAAAGUGACCAGAGUUUUUUUACUUAUACAGAUUGUUUGGUCCAAUUAAAGUCUGUGUAAAUUUUAUUAAUCUUAUUUGAAGUGGAUGAUUUACGAUGAAAUAUAUAUUAACAUGUGAUAGUUCAUUCUUACUUAGGAUAACAAAGAACUGAAAACCACAGCAGUUAUAGCCCUGCUUGAAUUGUCCUGAACUCUCUUAAUUGAUGAUUAAUUUUAGUCUUAAUGACAAAUUAAUUCAAAUAAUUCUGGUAUUGAUGUUCAAUUGCUCUCAUAGAAGUGUAAAGGAAAUUGUUUCAAUUUUUUUACUAAUGAUUUUUCACAUUUAGCAAAUGAUGAGCACAGUGUGUCAAAGUGUGAUAUAUUCUUGCAUACUUCACAUUUAAGUUUCCACAAGGCUCUAAACAUCUAAUCUUAUCUUAAAUUAAAUAAAUCUUUUGUACAUCAGUGUUUGUCUCAAACUUAUAAGGCUGCAAAGAUAUUGCCCGUUCUUGCCGUAGUACUGUUGCUCACUUUAUCCUCUCUCACCCUCAAAAUUCAUUGAAAUAAGCUCCUUGUGAUUUUGGAUUACAUUUUGGUUCUGAUACUCUGUAAAUAAGUGUGGUCCUGUCCAAACUGUAAUCAUCCUACUGACAAAUAAACUAGAAUGUAGUUUUUA